AUGGCCGAAAAUAUAGAUGAUAUACAAACUUUUAAACUCGAAGUUGAAAAUGAGCUUCGAAUACUGGUGGGAGAAGAUUCCACUGAUGUUACAAUAAAACUCGUUAGCGGUAUAGCUGAGAUAUAUGGGGCUGAAAUGGUAUUAAAUGAAGAGUAUUCUUUGUCAUCAAAUUCAUCGAUUUCUAUAUUCACUUGGCAUGGUUGUGUUAUAAAACUAAGCGGAACGCCGGAAGCCGUUUAUAUUGUAAGCGAUACUGCUAUGAUUCUCAAUGUAGUUCUUCAUGCUUCCUUAGAAGAACGGAGGCUUCAGGCUGAAGCUGAAAACAAAAGAGGACCCGUUACACUUGUUGUUGGACCAACUGAUGUUGGUAAAAGUACUUUAUGUCGAUUUUUGCUUAAUUAUGCUGCUCGUCUGGGACGACGCCCUUUGUUUAUAGAUCUAGAUGUUGGACAGAACUCCAUUUCCAUACCAGGUACAAUAGGGGUUCUAACGGUUGAGAAACCUGCUGACAUAGUUUCUGGUUUUGAUGAUCAAGCUGUUCAAGUCUAUGAAUUUGGUUACAAGAGUCCAGGUCACAAUAUAAUAUUGUAUUUUCUAUUGUUGAAAAAAUUAGGGCAAACUCUUCGAUCAGGUUUGAGACAGACAAAUCAAAAUAUUAGGACUUCAGGUGUGAUUAUUAACAGCUGUGGCUGGAUAAGAGGUCAUGGAUAUGAUGCCAUCACUCUUGUAGCUAUGAAUUUUGAAAUUGAUGUCUUGUGUGUACUGGAAGAAGAACGUUUAUAUUUACAAUUACAAAGAGACAUGCCUGCAUGUGUGAAAAUGAUUUUUAUUCCUAAAAUGGAUGGUGUAGUUGAAAGAAGUCGACCAUUAAGAAACCUAACUAGAGAAGCCCGUGUCCGUGAAUAUUUCUAUGGAUCAACCAAUCAGUUACAACCUUUUACAUUUGAAGUUAAUUAUUCAGAUAUACAAGUGUUUAAAGUUGUAACAAGACCUGUAACAGACGAUGAUCAAUAUUUGGCUGAUGUGAUACCAAGUGAUGCUAAACUUGAACGUGUGCCUCUUGGUUAUAAUCUUGUUGAUCAAGUUCUUGGAUUAAGUUCUACAGAUACUUUUAAAGAAGAUUUAAUGUUAAUGCAUGUAAUUGGAUUUAUAUGUGUCACUAAUAUUGACAUAGCAAGAAACACUAUUACUGUUUUGUCACCACAACCCAGCCCUCUUCCAAAAAAGAUUCUUCUUAUGGGUAACACUAGAUUUACCGAACAUCGGGGAGUUCAUUUUAAUAGAACUUAA